UCCAAAGUAAUCUUAUUAUAAAGUAUUAAUAUUUACUAAACAAAAUUUGAAUUUUGCUACAAAUAUUAAGUAUUAGUAGUACAACUAAACUAUGUUGUCUUCUUCAAAAAUUAAUAGUAUGGGAUUAAAUAAAAAACGUAGCAAUGUAUGGUACCAUUAUUCAAUUAUACUAAAUAAUAUAGCAAAAUGCAAUAUUUGUUAUGAUAAAAUAAGUUUUAGUGGAGGAUCCACAGGAAAUUUGUUAAGGCAUUUGAAAACAAAACAUCCAACAGUUCUACUACAGAGAAAUAUUCAGGAAAAUGUAUCAAACUCUGAUAUAAUUGAUGAUUCACAACCUUCAAAAUCCACAAAUCAUACUCCAACUGGACAACAAUCAUUUUCAGUAGCAACAACAUAUCCACCAAUGUUUAAAACACAAAACAAACACCAAACUUCUAUAGCAAACUUUAUCCAAAAGCCGAUACCAAUGAGCAAAUCAAAGAUAAUUGAUCAACAACUUGUGAAGAUGAUUGUUAAGGAGUAUCAUCCAUUUAGUAUUGUAGAGGAUGUAGAAUUUCAAAAGUUAAUUAAAAUGUUAUGUCCAUCCUACAUUAUUCCAUCAAGAAAAACAGUAACCCAAAGUUUGAUGCCUCAGCUGUUUGAGGUAACUGUUGAAAGUGUGAAGGAUACAUUAAAAAAUGUAGCAGCAGUAUGUUUGACCACAGAUGGAUGGACUUCGAGGAACAAUCAGAGUUUUAUAUCAAUAACAGCACAUUUUAUUGAUCCACAAGACGAAACAUUAAUUUCAUCUGUACUGUUAGGCUGUAAUGAUUUUGAUGAAAAACACACAGGUGAUAAUUUGGCUUUUUUUUUAAGUAACAUUAUUAAUGAAUGGAAUUUAUCAAAUAAACUUACUGUUGUAAUAACUGAUAAUGCUGCUAAUAUUAAAGCAGCUAUUAGAAAGUGUAACUGGAGAUGGCUGCCUUGCUUUGCACAUUCAAUAAACUUAACAGUCCAAACUAGUUUAAAAUGCAUAGAGCUUACAAUAACAAAAGUAAAAAACAUUGUACAAUACUUUAAAAAAAACUGCCCAACACGUUGGAAUUCUACAUAUGAAAUGAUAAAUCGAAUAGUUGAAAUCAAAGAACCGAUUAUUGCUACUCUAGCAGUAUUAGGAGUUCAGAGUUAA